AUGAAUAAAAUCCUCCUCCCUAUCCGGGCGACCCAGGCCCUGUUUGCGAUAAUAAUCCUGGGACUAUCGGGAUAUGUCGCCAACUGGUACAACAUGGAGACCACGGCGUCAUCACCGUCGCAGAUCAACUUCCUGGUCUUCAUACCCAUCAUGACGGUCCUGACGCUUGGCUACGUCGAGGGCGUGGCCCGGUUCAUGCCUCGCAUCUUCAACCCCUACAUCGCCCUGGGACUGGAGGCGCUCAACGCCCUCUUCUACUUUGCCGGCUUCAUCGCGCUGGCCGUGUUCCUCAACGGGCUCGUCUUUUGCCGCGGCCCCGUCUGCGGCUCGGCCCGGGCCUCGACGGCCUUUGGCGCAUUCCAAUGGAUCCUCUUCUCCGUCACGGGAGGUCUGACCGCCAAGGAGGUCUUCUUCAAGUCGGGGUUCGGCGGCGGCCUGGGGGGCCUCCGCAGGGGCGCGGGGGGCGCCCCGUCGACGUCGGCCCCGGGCGGGCUCCCCCUCGAGAAGAAGGAAGAUUCCGCAGCCUAA